GGCUCGUCGGAGCCCUGUUGUACAGAAUUUCAAGAUGAGUGAUACUUCUGAAGCUGUUCCAAACUUUGAAGCGAUGUUUGCAAGUAGAUUCACAGAAGAUGACAAGGAGUACCAGGAGCACUUGAAACGCCCUCCUGAAUCUCCUCCACUCGUUGAGGAAUGGAAUAGCAGAGCUGGUGGGAACCAGAGAAAUAGAGGCCACUGGUUGCAAGACAACAGGCAGUUUAGAGGUAGGGAUAACAGACGGGGAUGGCCAAGUGACAACCGAUCGAAUCAGUGGCAUGGAAGAUCUUGGGGUAAUAGUUACCCACAGCAUAGACAAGAACCUUACUGUCCACAACAGUAUGGACAAUAUGGUCACAACCAGCGGCCACCAUAUGGUUACUACUGAAAUGUCAGCAGGUUCUAACUACUUUGUUAUAAACAUGCUCAAAGCUUGUGUGUCAUCUUUGAUCAUAGCUUUCAUCAUAUUUUUGAGAAUGGUUAAUUUUUAGAACUUGAAAUUUAAAAAAAAAUCUUACU